AUGUCGACGACACCAAUCAAAUACAAAUCAGCCAAAUCUAAAACAAAAUCUGGUCGAGUCGUAAAAAGAUCAUCAAAGAUUAAGAAUAAAAGAGACGACGAUAUUACCAUCGCGAAUAAUGGUGGUGGUAGUGGUAGCAGCAAAUCAAAUAAAUUUGUGAAAUUACUUAACAAUAGGCUAAGUAAAAUUGAAGAUUUAAUUGCUAAUUUAAAUCAAACUAUUAAUAACAAUAAUAACAAUAAGAGUUCGUUGACAGAAAAUUCAAAUGAAAUUUCAAAUUUAAGUUUAGAGCAAUUACAAACUCUUGUUUCAAUGAAUCAGAAAAUAUCUAAAUUUUGA